AUGGAAUUACUGAAUGCAUCAAAGAGGGCAUUCGUGUUUGACGAGCUCUUUCCCGUUUAUUACCUCAAUUUUUUUUCACUGGUAUAUAAACCAUCUGUAUUGCAGGAUAAAUGUGGAAGUGUUGUUGACAAGUAUGUUGAAUAUGACCUGGUUAUUGUCAGCCUAGAUGCCCUUCUCCUGAAACGACAGGCCUUUAGACAUAUUCUUAUCAACAGUGGGAUUCAGUCUCACUGGAAGUUUUGCUUGGUGCUUUUAAUCAGUGAAGCCAUCAUCAAGCUCCUGAAUCAGCCUGUCACUGAAGAUACAAAGCAGUGGAAGUCUGACAGUGUCAUCUAUUCGGCUCUGGAAUUUGAUCUGUAUUGGAACUUCUUAACAUCAGCUAUUGAACUGUUUUGUUUCCUGUUUGUUGUAUUAAUGUGUGUAUUGGUAUGGAAAAACAUCACAGGGGAGCACAAGGACCAGUGGCCAAGCAUGCAGGAGUGUGCAUGUGGACUGAUGUUAUCUAGUCUAGGGAAGGUCCUGGUCCUACCAGCCGUUCUUUGGGGUUUGAACUACAGUGUACUGUACACAUGGUUGUGCACUCUUUUCACCAUUGCUGCAAACAUUCAGGCAGUCAGAGUUUUGUGUCCCAUGUGGAAUGUUUUGGCAGUGACAGUGUGUAUCCUACUGGGACAUUUUUCCACAUAUGGAGCCCGUGAUUUGUUACUGCGUGCGAAAUCUGCAAUCACAUGACAUGUAGUGAAAAAAAUUGAUUGUGACAGUGACAUGAUUAUGUUGUCUUAAUCAACAUUGUACUGGAUAAACAGCUGACAUUGUACUAGAUAAAGAGCAGACAUUGUACUGACAUUGUACAGUAUCAAGAGCUGUCAUUGGCCUGGAUAAAGAGCUGACAUUGUAUUGAAAAAAGGUAGUGAUAUUUUCCUGGAUAAAGAGUUGACAUUGGCUUAGAUAAAGAGCUGACCUUGUAUUGAAAAAAUAAGUUACAUUGGCCGGAUAAAGAGCCGUCAUUUGCCUGGAUAAAGAGCUGACAUUGUAUUGAAAAAAAAGUGACAUUGGCCUGGAUAAAGAGCUGACAUUGGCCCGGAUAAAGAGCUGACAUUGUAUUGAAAAAUAGAAGUGACAUUGGCCUGGAUAAAAAGCUGAUAUUGGCCUGGAUAAAGAGCUGACAUUGUAUUGAUGAAAGGAAGUGGCACUGGCCUUGAUAAAGAGCUGGCAUUGGCCUGGAUAAAGAGCUGACAUUGUAUAGAAAAAAGAAAUGACAUCAUACUGGAUAAAGAGCUACUAUUUGCUUGGAUAAAGAGCCAACAUUAGCCUGGACAAAGAGCUGAAAUUGGCCUGGAUAAAGAGCUGACGUUGUAUUGAAUAAAGAGCUGACAUUGGCUUGGAUAAAGAGCACAUAUAUUGCUUGAUAAAGAGCUGAAAUUGUACUAGAUAAAAAGCUGAUGCCAGGGAUUUUUUUACUUUAUAAGCUGACUCUGGUAAAUGGAGUCUGUCCCCAGCUGAAAAAGUAUGCUUUUUCCCAAAAUAAAGGCAAAAAUUCUCCAAAAUCAUUUGACAAAAAAAUAGAUUUCAUAUUCAAAAAUUGCAUCGGAAAACCGUAAUAUAAACAUUAUCUUUUAAGACACCAACAAAUAUUUCUUGCUGCAGAAGAAACGCAGUGCACUACUUACCUUGUGAUGACACCAUUGAUAAAAAUUUAAUUGUCCACAUUCAUUGAAAUUUGUAAACUUCAUGUAAACUUGAUGAAUAGUUCGCGACUAGAAAUCUUAGGAUAUGGAAGAUGCAAAUGCUGAUUUUUAGCUCGACUAUACGAAGUAUAAGGAGAGCUAUCCUACUCGCCCCGGCGUCGGCGUAGGCGUCUUUCCGCGUCCCCACCUUGGUUAAAGUUUUGGUGCACUUUCUCUUUUUUCAACUUAUCUCUGUAAUUACUUGAUGGAUUUGAUUCAAACUUGAAAUACUUAUUCCUCAUCAUCAUCCACAUCAUCUGACAUAAGGGCCAUAACUCUGGCACCAAUAUUUCAUGAAUUAUCCCCCCUUUUCACUUAGAUUUUCAGGUUAAAGUUUUGAUGCACUUAAUUCACUCUAUCUCUGUUAUUACUUAAUGGAUUUGAUUCAAACUUAAAAUAGUUGUUCAACAUCAUCACCCACAUCAUAUGACACAAGGUGCAUAACUCUGGCACCAUUUUUUCAUGAAUUAUUCCCCCUUUUUGACUUAGAAUUUCAGGUUAAAGUUUUGGUGCACUUUCACUCUACCUCUUUUAUUACUGAAUGAAUUUGAUUCUAACUUAAAAUAGAUGUUCAGCAUCAUCACCAACAUCAUAUGACACAAGAUGCAUAACUCUGGCACAAUUUUUCAUGAAUUAUUCCCCUUUUUACUUAGAAUUUCCGGUUAAAGUUUUAUGCACUUUCACUCUAUCUCUGUUAUUACUGAAUGGAUCUGAUUCAAACUUAAACAAUUGUUCAACAUCAUUACCCUUAUCAUAUGACACAAGGUGCAUAACUCUGACACCAAUUUUUCGUGAAUUAUUUCCCCUUUUUACUUAGAAUUUUAGGUUAAAGUUUUGAUGCACUUUUACUCUGUCUCUGUUAUUACUGAAUGGAUUUGAUUCAAACUUAAAAUAAGUGUUCAACAUCAUCACCCACACCAUAUGACGCAAGGUGCAUAACUCUGGCACAAAUUUUUCAUUAAUUAUUCCCCCUUUUUACUUAGAAUUUUAGGUUAAAGUUUUGAUGCACUUUCACUCUGUCUCUUGUUAUUACUGAAUGGAUUUGAUUCAAACUUAAAAUAGUUGUUCAGCAUCAUCGCCCACACUAUAUGACACAAGCUGCAUAACUCUGGCACCAAUAUUUAAUGAAUUAUGCCCCUUUUUGCUAGGAUAUACUUAUAUAGUGUUUUGAUACAUUUUAUCUUUACCUCUCUUAUUACUUUAAGUUGAUAUUUUUGAUAUAGACUCAGGCUAUUGUGCAAUAUCUUCAUCCACAAUUGGAGUCAUUCUCCAGUGACAGCUCUAGUUUCUUCAGAUGUGCCCAGUUUCACUAUCCAGCAUCGAAAUAGUCGAGCGCGCUGUCUCCUGUGACAGCUCGUUAUAUUAUUGAAAUCAUGCAUGUUAAAGUUGCAGGGUUAGCAUUAAAGCGAUGUAUUUCCCUGGAUGACGGACAAUACAGGGACAUUACAGGGCAUUCACAGGAAAUACUGGGAAAUACAAUUCAGACCAAUAUUUUAUCCUUAAGUUUAGAUAAGUUAUACCACCUAGAUUAUUUUUAUAAAUCCAUGUGUUAAUAACAUUAAGGCGUUUCAGUGACAGUACAUGAUAUACUCACUAGUUGGUAGGGAUCAGCGACAAUAAUACACAAUGCAUCAGGCACUUGUUGAACUUGUAACUAAUAACACCUGUUCAUAUUAUGUCAGUAAGUCAUUACAUAUUUCAAUUUAUUUCUAGCUGACCAGAGCACAAAGUGCUCAAGGUGAGCUAUUGUGACUGCUCAUUGUCCGGCGUCUGUCAUGCGUUGUGCGUCAACAUUUGCCUUGUGAACACUCUAGAGGCCACAUUUGUGGCCCAAUCUUUAUGAAACUUGGUCAGAAUAUUAGUCUUGAUGAUCUCUAGGUCAAGAUUGAAACUGGGUCAUGUGUGGUCAAAAGCUAGGUCAGUAGUCCAGAUCAAAGGAAAGCUUGUGAACACUAGUGGCCACAUUUCAAGUUUGAAAUUCAUUAAAAUUAGUCAGAAUGUUUUUUUCUAGGUCAAGUUUGAAUCUGGGUCAUGUGGGGUAAAAAACUAGGUCACCCGGUCCAAUCAAAGUGCUUUUUAACAGUCUAGAGGCCACAGUUGUGACUCAGUCUUUAUGAAACUUGGUUAGAAUGUUAGUCUUGAUGAUCUUAAGGCCAUGUUUGAAUCUGGGUCAUGUUGGGUCAAAAACUAGGUUAGUAGGCCAGAUCAAAGGAAAAGCUUUUGAACACUCCGGAGGCCACAAUUUUGACUCAAUCUUUAUGAAAUUAUGUCAUAAUGUGUGUCUUGAUGAUUCCUAGGUCAAAUUCGAAAUUGAGUCAUAUGGGGUCAAAAACAAGGUCAGUAGGCCAGAUUAAAGGAAAGACUUGUGAACACUCUGGAGGCCACGGUUGUGACAUAAUUUUUAUGAAACUUGGUCAGAAUGUUUGUCUUCAUGAUCUAGGUCUAGUUUUGAUCUGGGUCAUUUGGCGUAAAAAACUAGGCCACAUGGUCAAAUCAAAGGAAAAACUUGUGAACACUCUAAAGUCAACAGUUGUGACUCAAUCCAUAUGAAACUUGGUCAGAAGGUUUUGUCUUGAUUAUCUUUAGGUAGAAUUCAAAACUGGGUCAUUUGGGGUCAAAAACUAGGUGAGUAGGCCAGAUAAACUCUGGUUAGCAAUAUUGGGCCACCAUGGCCCUCUUGUUCUUUUUAUGCAUAUUGCUUUUCUAAGCACAUGUAUGUUUUCUUAAUCACCCAAUGGGUUUGAGCCUCACCCCGGGCGUUGAAUACUUCAUGUGAGGAAGCCAUCCAGCUGGCUUACGGAAGGUCGGUGGUUCUACCCAGGUGCCCGCACGUGAUGACAUAAUGCACGGAGGGGCACCUGGGGUCUUCCUUCACCAUCAAAGCUGGAAAGUCGCCAUAUGACCUAUAAUUGUGUCGGUGCGACGUUAAACCAAACCAAACAAAACAAAAUAUAAUCACCCCAGGUUGACAUCUCUACAUAUUUUAUUAUCAUCUGAAUAUAGAAUAAUGACAUUGUGUCUCAAGAUUUGUGUCAGCUGACAACCAUUAUCUUUCUUCCAUAACUGUCAUACUCUUUACAAGGACAUAGACACUUAUAACUCGAAUCAUUCUUAUACAGGUUUAAUCUCUUUUACAGCUUAUACUUUUUGAGUCGCCAUAUGACCUAUCAUGUGUCAGUGCAACGUUAAAUAAAAAAAACAAAAAAACCCCAACUUUUUUGUGUUGAUACUGUUUACUACUGAUUAUCAUAGCCGGCUGAAAAACGCUGAGUCUAAUGAUGGGUCAUAAUAAAUGAUUCAGCUUUAAAAUCAUUACAACAAAGAUUUUCCUGCUAAAAUAAGAUAGAUAUGUAAGUUAGUUCUGUAUGGAAUUUUUGUUAGCCUGUCAAGUACCUUGUCAGUGUAAAAUUGUUGGAGAACCAGUCAUGCGCAUAUUAUUUUUUUAGUUAUGCUUAUGUUUUUGAUAGAUGAUAGAUUUUCCACCACUUUGUGUAAGGAAUGUUUUUCCUUUGGCAACCGUUCCAUUUAUAUGUUUGAUAAAAAAUAACAUUUCAUUUUUAGAUUACCUGAGCCAAAGGCUCAUGGUGAGCUUUUGUGACCGUUCAAUGUCCGUCGUGUGUUGUGCGACGUGCAUUGUGUGUCGUGCGUCUGUCAACAUUUUCUAAAAAAAUCUUCUUCUUGAAAACAAGAAUUACACCAAACUUCACAGGAAUGAUCCUUGGGGUGGCCCCCUUUCAAAAUUAUUCAAAGAAUUGAAUUCCAUGCAGAAUUCUGGCUGCCAUGGCAACCGAAAGGAAAAACUUUAAAAAUCUUCUUGUUCAAAACUGCAGGGCGUGGAGCCUUGAUAUUUGGUAUGUUACAUUAUCUUAUGGUCCUCUAUGAAAAUUGUUCAAAUUGUGCUCCUGGGGUGAAUAGAGGCCCCGCCCCGGGGGUCCCAAAUUUUACAUAGACUUGUAUAGGAAAAACUUUGAAAAUCUUUUUGUCUGAAACCGCAAGACCUAGGCCUUUGAUCUUUGGUAUGAAGCAUUGCCUUGUGGUUCUCAACCAAAAUUGUUAAAAUUAUGCCCAUUGGGUGAAAAGAGGUCCCGCCCCGGGGGAUCCCAAGUUUUACAUAGACAUAUAUAGGAAAAAUUUAAAAAUCUUCUUGUCUAAAAGUUCAAGGCCUAGGCCUUUGAUAUUUGGUAUGUAGCAUUUCCUAGUGCAUCUCUAACAAGAUUGUUCAAAUUAUGACCCUGGGAUGAAAAGAGGCCCCGCCAUGAGGUUUAUUUGUUAUAUGAAUUAUAUAGAAAUAAAUACUUCAAACAUUAUCAGAUUAUAUUUUCUAGACUGUUUAAUUAUAAUUACCUGAUGACCCUAAGCAAUUAGGAGUCACUUGACUGUGACCUUGACCUGCUGACCUAGUUUCUUGUUUUUUAAGAUACAACCAUGAAAUUGGAUGACAUGUACAGUUUUGCACACCAAUCUUAAAACUGACUUUCAGUGACCAUGAAUGUGACCUACUGAGCUACUUUAUAAUUUAUCAUCAUUUUGCCAUUUGAAACAUGUGGCUAAUAUUAACUCAGGUGAGUGAUUCAGGUUCAUGAUAAUCAGGGUCAUCUUGACCCUCUUGUUAUACUUUUUCAAUAAAAAAUGUUAAACUCUU